CUCUCCCAGCCGGCAGGAUUGAAGCAAGAGUUUGGAAUUGCACCACACUCCACCCGUUAAACAGUAUAAUAUCUGAAUACUUUGUUUCACAAAGUACUAACGCCGCCAUGACUUUCGAUGUGAGAAGGUUUGAUAUCUACAGGAAGGUGCCUAAAGACCUGACCCAGCCUACCUACACUGGAGCCUUCAUCUCAAUAUGCUGCUGUGUCUUCAUGCUCUUCCUCUUCCUCUCGGAGCUGACUGGAUUCAUAGCCACAGAAAUAGUAAAUGAAUUGUAUGUGGAUGACCCCGAUAAAGACAGUGGGGGGAAGAUUGAUGUGAGUGUAAACAUCAGUUUGCCAAACUUGCACUGUGAUUUGGUGGGACUGGACAUCCAGGACGAAAUGGGCCGCCAUGAGGUAGGCCACAUCGAGAACUCCAUGAAGGUGCCCCUCAACAACGGCUACGGCUGCCGCUUCGAAGGAGAGUUCAGCAUCAACAAGGUACCUGGAAACUUCCACAUCUCCACACACAGUGCAACGGCCCAGCCCCAAAACCCUGACAUGACCCAUAUCAUUCACAAACUGGCCUUUGGUGAAAAGCUGCAGGUACAAAAUGUCCAAGGGGCCUUCAACGCAUUAGGGGGGGCAAACCGCCUAGAAUCGAACGCCCUCGCCUCCCAUGAUUACAUUCUGAAGAUUGUCCCAACGGUGUAUGAGGACUUGUCGGGGAGGCAGCGCUUCUCCUAUCAGUACACAGUAGCCAACAAGGAAUAUGUAGCCUACAGCCACACAGGAAGGAUCAUCCCGGCUAUCUGGUUUCGCUAUGACCUCAGCCCCAUCACCGUUAAGUACACCGAACGGAGGCAGCCCUUUUACCGGUUCAUCACCACAAUUUGUGCCAUCAUCGGCGGGACGUUCACCGUGGCGGGCAUCAUCGACUCGUGUAUAUUCACCGCCUCCGAGGCAUGGAAGAAGAUCCAGCUGGGCAAACUGUCAUGAGUUCCUGCGCUGAUCUGCUCAACCUAUUUAUACAAUUCAGACUCAUUCCUAACCGGUCUCCCUACUCCUGCUGAUGUCAUCCUCAGUACAAAGAGUCAUUAUUGCCAGCAGUCAUCUGCC